CUGUUAUGACUUGUUGCUGGGAUGAUAAACAGAGCUGGAGAACUGCCCUUGUGAUCAUUCAUCACAUCUCUAUAGCAAGGGCAUUAAUCAGAUGGGAGGGGGUGUUAGGUAGAGCGGAACAAAUAAAACCACAAUACAUUACAGGUAAUUAGGAUAAGUAAUAGCAACCAGACAAACACUUGUUUAUCAGCAGACUGACCCCACCAGCCAUGGAUUAUCUGGGCACAGGCUGCACAGAGCUUUGAGUAAUUGUAAAGAGAAGGAACAGAGCAGGGACAGAUUGACUGAAACCUCCGACUGCUUGAUUAGGGGAGGGGCAUCACAAGAGAAUAUGGUUGGAACGAAACUAGUUUGGCUUCCUGUUAAUGCAGAAUCACUAGGGACAAGUGCCUGAACCACCAAGCGACACAGGUACUGCCCCAAACAGACUCAUAGCAAGGAACUGGGAGGAUCGGGCUGAUAAAGAGGGGAACAGAGGCAUAGAAGAGAGGCACAGGCUCACAUAAAGGGGUACAGGCUGACAAAGAGGGGAACAGAGGCACAGGACAGAGGCACAGACUGACAGAGAGGGGUACAUAGGCUGACAGAGAGGGGCACAGAGACUGACAGAAAGAGGCACCGGCUGACAGAGAGGGGAACAGAGGCUGAUAGAAAGGGGCCCAGGCUGAGAGAGAGAGAGGCACAUGCAUAGGGACAGAUAUCAUAUAACAAGGCAAGGCCCACAGUAGGAAAAAAAGCAGGUGGCAAAGGGGAAAUAAGGGACUCCAGGGUAACAGAUAAAAGACACAGAUAUAGAGGCGGCGACACAGAACCAGAAAGAGACACACUGGAAAAUAAAACCUGUGAAUCUGACUCCAGGGAGCUAUAAGAAGAUAAAAAGGAGUCGAUCAAGUAGCAGGGUGUUGGGGUGAGCAAUGGAUGCACAGGCGGAACUCCCUCCAGAGGCCACAGAAGCUCAUGGGACCAAAGACACUCAUUUACCUGCCCACCCUAUGUACACCCAGGAACCAAGAGCUGCAUUUGCUCCCCAAUACAUCAGCCCAACAGUAGAGCGCCCUAAAGAGGACUUCUUCAUCUUCAGGCCCCGUCUAUUGGAGCAGGCUAUACAGGAUCUGAAGAGCCAACUCUCCAAGGAUGAAGAUGGGGACAUGCGGACCGCCUGGAUACUGACCACGGUGAGCCACUGGGGCACAGAGAAUGAGGUGCUGGUGCUGCUGUGUGAUCGUUCACUUCUGAUCUGUUACUACGACUUUGUGGGGCUCUGCAGCUCCCGAAUCUUCCGCAUACCACUCAAUUACAUUGAUACUGUGACGUGGGGGCCACUGUCAUAUCCCAAGACUGCCCUGCACAAACGGGUGGGUCCUGCUCUCCAAGUGCAGUGGGACAAGCUCCGGCCUCCGCCUUCUUUUGUAUCAAGAUGGAAUCCAUGGGCAGAUCUUUCUUACGUCAUUCUCACCCAGCACCCAGGAUCCAUAAAUAAGGAAGAAAUGCAUAGCAUGUGUCAGCUGGAACAGUUCAUGGAGCACCUAGUGAAAUUGGUGAGAUUGUCCCAUACACAAAACCCGCUCCCUGGCCGAGCCAACGGUCUCCUGGUCCUUCACAGACCUGUGAACAUGGAGACAUCUCUGGGGCUCAUCUCACUGCUGAACACAAGCAUCCAGCUGGGUUACGCCAAGUCCAGACCUGGCUUUGGAUUCUGAGCUGCUCACAUACUCAAGCCCCCUAUCAUGGAAUCUAGAACAGGCAUAUUCCUGAAGGCACAUCAACGUCUCAGACUACAAGAGAAGACUUGGGUUUGGUGGUGACUUGACUUUUGUUGACUUUUGUGUGCUUCACGGUCUCACGGACUAACAUAAAGAACCACAAAAUAUGGACGUAGGGCAACUAGUGGAGAAUAGUAUAGUAUGACAAAGAAGAUCAUCAUGUUGGAUUCCACCUUGAGGCCUUCAUUGAUCUGCUCUUAUCUAUUUAGAUCUCGAUAUAUUUCUGUGCUGAUGUCGAUUGGGUUCUGCAAUUUAUUAUCAUUGGUCAAACAAAUCAUCCAACACAUCAGGAUUGUCCUUGUCAGAGACUAUGCCCAGCCCAGAGACAACUGUGUAUGUCUAUUUAUUUACACUAACUUAUGGCUCCCACUUACCUAAAUAUUAACGUUGGUGCAUCCUUCUUAAAGGAGACAUAUUAUGCAGCGGCAUAACUAGAUAUUAGUGGGCCCCACAGCAAAUAGUUUUUCAAGACCCUAAAACGUUGUAGAGGUUGACCUGUUUUACCAAUAUUUAUUGAAAUUAUAUAUUAAUUAGGUCCUCAUGGGGCCCCUAUACCUCCUGGGUCCCCCUGCAGUCGCAGGGGCUGCCUACUCUGUGGUUAGGCCCCUGAUAUUAUGUAAAAAGCAAGAAUGUACCAGUGCAUUAAACUCUUUUAGAUAAAGAAGAAUGUGUUUUAAAAA